AUGUGUAUGGUGAUCAUAGUGAGCUUCACGUGCCACCGCUUGAAGGUAUGCCAAGAGGAAGAAGACUGGGAAAUGAUCGAGAAGCGCCUCGGAUGCGGCCAGGUCGAGGAGCUCAUCGAGGAAGCGCGUGACGAACUCACUCUUAUCGGGAAAAUGAUUGAGUGGGAUCCUUGGGGUGUUCCCGAAGACUAUGAAUGUGAGGUUAUCGAAAACGAUGCUCCAGUUCCCAAGCAUGUUCCUCUGCACCGUCCCGGUCCUCUUCCGGAGGAGUUCUACAAGACGCUCGAUGCCCUUUCUAAAAAGGACGAGCCUAAAAUCACCUCUGGGGAGCCACAGAUAAAGGAGUAAAAGCAAGCUGAAGGCAUUUUGGCUGGAGACGCUUUGUUUUUCAAAGUUGAAGAUUGCAUUUUUCUAAUCACGCUUUUGUUUACGUUUCUUUGAUGGAACAGAGUUUAAACCCUAAAGACAAAGACUGGAACCAGUUGCCAAUAAUGUUAAUAUGCUUUGGGUCCCAAAAAUUCUGUUGGCCUCUGCUAUUUU